GUGAUGAUUGCGACGGGUUUAGGCACAAGGCGUUGCAGCACAUUUCAAACUAGAGGCAAACUAAGCAAAGCGCGCUCCCCAGCAGUGUGUUGUGUAGAGCCAGCAAAAAUGAAGUGAAAUACACAGCCUCGCACAGUGUUUAAAAGUGUUAAAAAAAUCAGUGAAACAAAUGUAAAAAAAUCGUAUAAUUUGAUGUGUAUCUCAGGAAGUGUGUGUCGUAGAUAUGUGAAGUGUUGUUGUGUGCCAAACCAAGAUCAGUGCGCCAACAUGAAGUUAAAACGGCUGUGUUUUUUUGUGAAAUAGUGUCUGUGCGACGAAAAACAAAAAUUCCUCAAUGUGGUGUUUAGGGCAAAAUGGUCAGAGAGACUAGACACUUGUGGGUAGGAAAUUUACCCGAGAAUAUACGAGAAGAACGAAUUCGAGAACAUUUUAAACGGUAUGGCCGCGUGCAAAGUGUUAAAUUGUUGCCCAGGUGCACCGAGGAGAAGACGGGUGAGAUCACGAUGGCGUGCACGGUGGCGUUCAUGGACAUCAAAAGUGCGUCCAAAGCCCACAACGCCGAACUUAAGAUAGACGACAGGACCCUAAACACCGAAUACUACGAACCUGCCGCCAUUCCGUCCGCUACUGCUUCGCCGCAGAACACCCCAUCCCCUUAUUCUACCUCCCCGGGCUCCACCAGGUUCCCCAACGGUCAUGGGUCCACCGAAGAUCACGGUACCUCCGCCUUUCCGGACCGUUGUUUUUACGAAAGAUCCACGUCGUCUUCGCGACUAGCCGGCAACAGCGUCGGCGUCGGCAGCGUCGCUGUCGCCGGCGUAGUCGGUACCACCGAACCGGCGGAAUUUGUCGGGGGCGGUCGGGGAGGAAACAGCCGAGGAAGUUCCGCUGCCACCACGGCCACUGCUUCAACCACGUACCACGGCGACGCCGUCUCCACCGGGGGCGGUCGAUCAACAACUUCGUCGUCGUCCUCGGCCGCCCCGCCAGUUAGUGCCACCCCCGGUGGACGAAGCAGGGAGCGAACGGGGAACUACAGGAACGGACCGUACGGUGCCGCUACAUCGGCUCCUUCGACGAAUGCCGUCGCCGCCGCAUCGGUGGACGGUCGACAUUCGUCGAGGACCGCCACUAAUAACUGGGGGUACGAUUCGACGAGGUAUAAUAGCACGGGUAACAACCAGACGGAUACAGGGUAUUGCACUACACCAUCUGAAAACAAUGAAAGGCGAAACUCAGACCAAAGUUCAAAUAAAAAGAAGACGAAAUCUAGGUCAGGCUCUAGGUCCCCGUCGCCUUCGGGAAGUACGAGCAGUAGGUCACCUUCAAGGUCGAGAUCGAGAAGUAGCAGUAGUUCCUCGAGUUCUUCGAUGUCGCGCGACACCAGUUCAACGGGUUCGCCAAAAUCGAAGAGGUUAACAUCAAGCAGUACGUCGAAUUCCAACCAUCAGCCGGUGGUGCACAGCGACGAUCGAAGGCCGCUCGCGAUCUGCGUGAAAAACCUCCCGGUGAGGUCUUCGGAUACCUCGUUGAAAGACGGGCUCUUCCACGAGUACAAAAAGCACGGGAAAGUGACGUGGGUCAAAGUGGUGGGCAAGGAUGCGGAGCGGCACGCUAUAGUUUGCUUCAAGAAACCGGAAGACGUGGAAAAGGCGCUGGAAGUGAGUUACGACAAGUUGUUUUUCGGGUGUAAGAUCGAAGUGGCGCCUUACCAAGGCUACGACGUGGAGGAUAACGAUUUGCGACCGUACGAGGCGGAAAUCGAUGAGUACCAUCCGAAGGCUACGAGGACCUUGUUUAUCGGUAACUUAGAAAAAGACGUGACCGCGUCCGAUCUCAGGAAACAUUUCGAUCAGUUCGGUGAAAUAAUCGAAAUCGACAUUAAAAAACAAGGGGCUGUGAGUUCUUAUGCGUUUUGUCAGUACUCGGAUAUAGUGAGUGUUGUCAAGGCCAUACGUAAGAUGGACGGUGAACAUUUAGGUAAUAAUCGAAUUAAGUUAGGUUUCGGAAAGUCGAUGCCUUACAACUGUGUGUGGAUCGACGGCAUUAACGAAAACGUUAACGAAAAGUACCUGAAAAUGCAGUUUGAACCUUUUGGCGUUAUAAAUAAGUUACACAUAGAUCGCGAAAAGGGACAAGCACUUGUAUUCUAUGAUCAAGUAAUGAGCGCACAGACGGCGGUAACCAAAAUGCGCGGUUUUACACUAAAAAAUACUAAAAUUCAAGUCGAUUUUGCGAGCAGGGAGUGUCAAGAAUCAUUCUUCGAGAGGUUAGAAAAACAGGGCACCAUUCUUGAUAGAACUGCUUUCGAAGAAAGAAGAGAGCCCACCGCCAGAACCUUCGAGAUAACAGCAUCCAGGUUUUCAAGAUAUGACACGCCUACGCGACCGCGAACAUCAUCGUACAGCAGCAGGUCGAACGCUUCGGCGAGUCAAGUGACUUCUUUACAAUCGCCGGGAACACCAGGAUCAGUAACGCCGAGAGGCACCGGCUCAAGAUCGCGAACGGCCCGUUUCGCCGACUACUACGACCAAACUUUGGAUUACGCGGAUCGUCAUUUUCGCAGCUACGACGAAUACAGUCAGAGUUCUACGGCGUCGCACGAAGAUUUGUACGAGCACGAGUAUGGGUUCGUUCAUGAUGCAGGUGAUCCUUUGCAAGUUCUGGACAAUGUGGUUCCGUUCGCCCCACCGGACAUGCGGAAUUUACAAAAAGAACGCGUCCACCUUCUCGAACAACUGGAAGAGUGUCCUAGUUCCGGAGACGAACUUAUAAGUCCGAAGAAACGAUUAAAGCUGGAUUUACUCGACACCGUGAUCACCAGCGAUGUCAUUAUCGAAGCAAACAGAGAUCAUAGAAAAGUAAUGGAAGUACGAAGGCUGUCAGACGUCAACCUAAAACACCACUCGAGGCGACCGUCCAUGGAUUCUAGCAAACACGUUAGGCACGAUGUGGUUUACGUACCGCAUUCCGUGUGCAAGAGAAGGAAGACGGCUGGUAGCGACAGCGGAUCCAAAGUUCAUCAUUACGAUCAUUCCGGAUCGGAAAGCGUCGGGGGUUCCCGGCCCGGUACGCCGCUGUGCGACGAACGACCUGAAAACUUUCAACCCAGUGAACCGAGGCGGGUGCCGAGGGAGAGGGAGGGCCCUCUCAGCUUGCCAUUGCCUAGGUUCGCCUCGCAAAUUAUCAACAGAGGCCCGGUCUCUGUGGCUGGCAUCAAAGGCCAAAAAGACAAUAUCCUAUCUAGUCCACCUCCCGCAGUCACAAGCCCUAGAAUAUCAAAUCCCCGACCUCCUAGUCCCGUUCACGUACCUCCACCAGCGUCGCCGCCUCCACGACCGCCCAGUUUGAGUUCCAACUCUAGCGACAGCGACGCAACACCUCCUAGUCCAUCCCUCGAAGAACGAAUCAAAUCCCUAGACGAGAAAUACGAAAAAUGGUCCGGAUCUAGGGCGUUGAGCGCGGCCGGGGGAGACGCUUUAGCUUUACUAGACGCGAAUCUGGAGAAGUUUCGACAGCGGCACAAAAUCCUGGAUUUGGAUCUCAAGGAGGUCCAACCUUCGGAGAUCGUUAAAUCUGUGAUGGCGAAGCGGUCGGUGUUCGACGAGGAUUUGAAGAGGUUGGAGAACGUAGGCGAGAAAUACGAACCGAAGGAUUUUACGUUUUUUCCGAGGAGUACUUUGACCACCGCCCCGACUUCAGUACCUGUAACUCCUUUGCCAGCACCGCCGCCCGCACUGAAGGUUAAUACGAUAACGCAACAAAUUCCCAAAACUCCUACUAUGCUGUCACCGAGAUCGACAGGUUCCGGAAUCCAAGCGGCUAAAGGUCUCCAAUACCCGUUUCCGACGCAUCCGCCGAAUCUAAUGUUGCCGGCGGUUAUCUCUCCGCUCCCGCUACCGCAAACGCCGCCUCUAGCAGCAGUAGUGACAACAACAACAGCAACAACAUCAACAGUGCAAUUGUCGACGGCGACGACAACCAUAAGUGCGACACCGGCGGCGGUAGUGGUAGCGGCGACUACAACGACGUCGACGACGACGACGCCAUCCCUAGUUGCGAGUUCGCGAGGCGCUUCACAUGGUGAUAACAGACUGAAACCGUGCCCGAGUGCGCCGAGCGACGCAAGAACUUCUAGUAAAAUGAUUGUAAAUAAAACUAACGUAGUAGUGCCCCCGUUAACUUCUGUUAAAAUUAACGAAAAGACCAAUGUCAACAUUCCUAACGCGAGCGACGCCAAGUUCGUUCGGGACGCCGCGAAACCGGGCGACAAGUGCGACAAGAUUUCGUCGCGCAGAGAUUCCAGCAGUAGCAGUAAUUCGCCGCGCGCGGACGUCAAAACCAGAAGAAACAGUGACACGAGUGCGCGCCGAUCGGACGACAGUGCGGAACAGGCUCACAAAGAACGAGCCCAAAGCGAAGAGAGAAAACGGGAAAGAAUCGAAAAAAUUAAAAUCGAAAACGAGAAACUAGAAAAAGAAAAAUCAGAACGGGAACGCAUAGAACGCGAGAGACACGAACACGAAAAACAAGAAAAACUCAGACUAGAGAAAGAACGUCAGGAAAAGGAAAGAUUAGAACGCGAAAGCGAAUUGGAGAAACAACGGUUAGAAAAAGAGAGACUUGAAAAGGAGAGGUUAGAGAAAGAACAACAACAAGAAAAAGAGCGAUUAGAAAAAGAACGACUAGAAAAAGAAAAACUCAAAUUAGAAAAAGAACAAUUAGAAAAGGCGCAACGGGAAAAGGAGCGUCUUGAAAAAGAAAAACAAGAGCAAGAACGGUCUGAACGAGAAAGGCUCGAGAAAGAACGAAAAGAAAAAGAUGAAAUAGAAAGGCGAUUGCGCGAUGAACAACACGAAAAGGAGCGUUCAGAAAAAGAAAGGCACGAUCGCGAGAAAAGAGAGAAAGAUGAACACGAUAAAAAACACAGGGAAGAAAAAGAUAGAAGGGACGAUGAAGAAAAAGUUGAAAACACGAAACCUGACAAAGAAAAAUUAGAUCGAGAGAAAGAACGAGCCAAACACAAAGAAGACAAUCAUGAUAAGAGAAAAGAUGACCAUAAGCAUCGAGAACCUCAUAGUGAUACUAAACAUAGGGAAAAUCACCUUGAUAAGCACUUAUUUGAUAAUAAAACCACCAAAGACCCUUCGAAAGAUGAUAAAUUAGGCAGUAGAGACGUAAACCAAAUUAGCACAAAAGAUCUACACGAAUCGAGAAGCAGCUUUGAAAAGAAACUCCACGUACACGUAGAUAGAGACUCGGAGAGAAGAAAAGAGAGUAUAAAAGAAAAUAGAGAUAAUAACAUACACGAAAAGCACAAAACUAUAACUGAUAUAAGGAUUCGCGAUAUCGUCGAAUCAAGGCAUAUGUCGAUCGAUACAAAGUCGCACGAAAAACACGAUCCUUCCAAAAGAAAAGAGAGAAACAACAGCCUACCUGCUAGUAUUGGUUCCAAACGCAGGUUCAGCUCACACGAAACUAUAGAAAUGUGCGACGAAACUAAAAAACUAAAACUAUCCCAAGAUCACAAAAAACUUUCCGAAAGGAGAGACUCGAAAGACAGCACGCGAUCGGAGGAUAGAAUAAAAAGCAGCAAACACAGAAACAACAUAAAAUCCUACGACAAGUACAACAGUUCGAAAGACUCGGAAGAGAAGAGAAAAGAGCGAGAAGAACGACACAGGAAACACAAAUUAGAAAAACAAAAAUCGAAAAGUAAAAGUCGAGAAAAAGAGGCGCACGAAGCUACGCUCACAAUAUCAUUGACCGAUAGGGAAUUUUUGAACAGACUGGAAUUAAAAUCUACAGAAGAAUGCGAUAAACAUAGAAAAGAUAAAGAAUGCAAAGAAAAACGCAUUACUAUCGAAGACUUUGAUAAAAUAAAAAAGGAAAGACCUCCUUUGGAAAAAUCGCAAUCUCAAUCACAAUCACAGCCGGUUGCAGAAAAAAUAAACAAGAAUCGUUCGGAUCCUGAGGCCAGAACGAGCGAAGAAAAGAAAAAACGCGACCGUAUCAGAAAAUUAACAAAUUCCUCAGACACCGAUUCAGACGAACCAAAGAAACAUUCCAUAUUCGACAUAGUCGAUGACGAACCCGCUUAUAUUUCUAUGUACGACAAAGUGAAAGCUAGGAGUUGCAAGAACAUGGCGAAACAAGAAGAAGAGAAGAGACAGGAAAAGUUGAAAGCGAAAUUCUCGCAACUGAAACAAAGCAGAGCCAAACGCGAAGAGAAGAAACGAUCCACUUCUUGGGACGAAGAUUCCGAUUCAGAUAAAGAUAUUUCCGACAUCAAAAUGAAACGAUGUCCCAAAAUGCUCAUCGACAGUUCCGACGAUGAAAGCCAAGAGCUGAAAUUAAUGAAAAAGAAAGAUAUGAUUUUUUCUGAUUCGGAUUCGUCAGCCGUUUAUAAACAUAUUAAACAAGAAAUAAUAGAUACAAGCGAAGACGAAACUAGAAGUAAAGCGUUAAUCAUGAAAGCAAUCAAAUCUCGAAUAACGAGUGAUACAUCCGAAGACGAACUAAAUAAAAAGAAGAUUACACAAAUAGAAGAACCACACAUUAAAUCAGAAUUCUUCCCAGAUUCAAUCACCACAGAAAUCCAAGCUUACAACGUAAGUGAAGAUAAAUCCCACUUAUUUAAAGUCAAAGACGAGAUAGUUAAAAUCAAGAAAGAAAGAAGGAACAGCAAACAUCAAGAAAUCGAAAUUAACAGCCCCACUUUUAACGACGCCACCCAUUCUGAAAAUAAAGCUGAAAAAUUCAAUCACAAACCUCACUUUACCGACAUUACCAGCGACGAAGAAGCCCAACAUGAAGCGGCCAAAAAAGAGCGAUCGGAAAGAAGGGAAAAGAAACACAAGAAAAAACAAAAGAAACAAAAGCAUUCCAUUAGUAGCGAAGAAUCUGUCAAAUUCGAAAACGUCUCCGAUUCCGUUCCAUCCGAAAAUCCAGAGAAAUCCAAGCACGAAAAGAAGAAAGACCACAACCACAGUAAAAAAGAAAAACGGCGCGACAAAAACCGAGAAGGUAGAGAGAAAUCUAAAAAGUCUAAGAAAAAUAAAACCGAAAAUAAGAUCGAUAGCAAACGAGAUGGAAAAAUGGAAAAUAUUUUCGGAUCGCUAUCAGAAGAUUCCGAAAAUUGCCCCAAAGAACACGAACAAGAACCCAAAGUACCGAAUUGCGUCGAAGAUGAAACACAACAUCAACCAAUUUAUAACAACAAAACCGAAAAGGAACACGAAAUUAAACCGAAAGAAAAAACGGAAAGGGAAAGAGAAAAAGAGGAGCACAAGCGAAAGAAAGAAAAGAAACGACGAGAAAAAGAACGUCGCCUUCAAGAAGCCGCUGUGGCCGCCUCUUUGGCAGCAACCGCUGCGGAACAAGAAAGCAAUGAGAACAGUAUGGAUUACAUCGAUAUGGGUAAACAACUAGAAGCAAAUAUGAUGCAAGACGAAACCUUCGUCUUAUCUGAAACCAUCACUAAGACAACUGAACCCAAUUCAGAAACCACUGACGUUACAUCCAACUUCCCCGACGCCGUUGAGCCUAAAAAAGACAAAGAAGAGAGGAGAGAAGCCAAAGAAAAGAAAAAGAAACGAAAGAAAAGCAAAGACGAGAGAAGCAAACAUCAUAAUCAUCAUCAUGAUAAGAAUAAAAUAAAAACACCAGACAUUAAAAAGGAAACUCCUCGACCGGAGCCUGUGGUUGAACAGGAAAUCAACACUCCUACUCAACCACAAAAUCCGAGUUUACCCAAUAUUUUAGAAGAACAAAGUCCUGUAAAUACCAAAGCUUCCGAAUUUGCUAUUUCUCCACUAAACCCAAUCAUCAGUCCCAUACCAAAGACUCCUACCGUUCCUCAAGAGAAAAAACGGGAGAAGUUUAUACCCGCUUUUGGUACCGACAUCGACGAAAAGGUCCACGAAAGCGCCGUCAAGUCUAUUUCAGAAGUCGAAACAGUUGAAAAGAAAGACGAAGUUGUUACUACCAAAGAGGAAGAUGAAAACAAAACAUCUCAACUACCCGAAGAGAAACCUAGGGUAGUUAUAUCUCAAGAAGAAACCGAAGACGCGGUAGCCGCUCUAUUGGGCGAAAGCUUUGGUAGUGGCAAACAAGAAGAAUUUUACAACGACGAAAACAGCAUUGAAGAACCUUCAAGUACCUUAGUGGAGGAAUCAAACGUUCAAGAUGACGAAGAAAUGCGUCAAGCAGUGCAAAGCCUCAGCGCAGCUGAUUUAGAUGUCAAACCUGAUACUCCACAAAGCGAGAAUGACCUUCAAAUAGAUACCGACACCGAAGAGCAGGAAGAUAUACCUUUAAGAUUUAAUACAGCACCGAAAACUCCUGAAUCCACGGAAUUCCCUCAACUGCCGAAAACGCCAGAUUUACCACCAUAUUUUGCAAAUACCGCAGAUGAAAAGCAGACUCCUAUUCCUGCAUUAAAAACUACUCCUAACAUAGGUAGUCCACCAUCUCUCACUCCUAUACGUUCAUCAUCAAGCCUUUCCGAAGUACGAAAAGUCUUAGAUAUGGACAAGAAGGAACUUCCAAUAAUACCAGAGCCACAAAAACAUGCUGUAAUUUCUCAACCUUGGUCCGCAGAUAAGAAAAUAGAGAUUCCUGUCACCAAACCUCAAACGUCUGUAAUUAAAAUGGAAACCAAGAAAGUCAUUCCAACUGUAUCUGAAGUGCCAGUACAAGUACAAAAUUGCAGUACUGUUACUUCUGCUCCAGUAAGACCAUACGCUAGUCCUCCAGUACUUAAAAUUGCCGAACCUCAAUAUCCACCGUUGAAGCCUCUUUCGAAAACCGAUCACUUAUCUAUGUCUCCAGUUGUUGAAAUUUCAAAUAAAAUUCCGGUAGUACAAACAUCGACUAAAUCUCCAACGCCUCCGCAGUUACAUAAUCUUCCUGCGCGUUCUCCAAUUCAGAUGAACAAACCACCACCAUCAGUAAGCGACUCUGGUUUGGUAUCGCCGAGAUUGACGCCGGCUCUGAUCCAUAACAGAAUGCCAAUAACUUCAGUUAUGGUAUCAAAACCGAUCCAGGCAACAACCGUAAUUUUGCAGCAGUCCAAAGUUGCUCACAGCUUAGAACCACCCAAGUUGGUUUCUACUUCUGAUCCAAGAUCGCAGGACCCUCGACCGAGGAUGGUUUAUCAAGCGCCUACUAUUCAGUCACCACAGUUUGGUAAUUUCGGAGCAAACCAUAGGCCUCCGAUGAUGCCAGCGAAUAUACGACAUUUGCCGCCUCAAGGGUUACUUGUUCCUUCCAGAAACCCUUAUAACUUUAUAGGAAAUGUACCUCACUCUUCUUACAAUAUUCCUACAAGUUUACAUGAUUCUUCUUCUGGAAAUGUAUUGGAUUCGCAUCCAAAAGUUUCACAACCUUUACCUUUAUCUAUACCGCCGCCAUUAAUUACUUCUCAUGUACCUUUACCGCAACUGUCAGUUCCAAAAGAGGUUAUUUGCACAAAACCACCAACACCAUCAAUACCAAGUCCAAAAUCGGUAGCAGUAGCAAAUUCUCUUAGUCCAAGUCCAUUCUCUUCAGCGUGCGUGAGUCCUCAACACAAGAAUGCUCCUAGUCCAAAACCAAUAGUGGCAGCAUCGAGUCCAAAACCAAUAGUUGCGGCAGCAUUAAGUCCUAAACCAAUAGUAGCAGCGGCAUUAAGUCCUAAACCAAUAGUAGCAGCAGCAUUAAGUCCUAAACCAGUAGUAGCAACAGCAUUAAGUCCAAAACCAAUAGCAGCAGCACUGAGUCCUAAAUCUGCGACAUCAGUGAGUCCGAGGUUAACAAAUACAGCCACUUCAGAACCAUCUCCUUCAAUUAUUGUUCAUCCUGUUCAGAAACCUAGUGAAACGCCUAAAAUUUCGCCACCAAAAUCUCUGAAUAUUAAUUUGGCGAUAUCUGCUCCUAGUCCAGUAAUAGUGUCGGCUCCACUCGCAAACGAUACUGCUGCUGCUGUUGCUGCAAAAAUAGAACAAAAGGAGAAAGAAGAGCCAAAACCUGUUAAAUUGGCAAUUGAAGCAGUUACGGAGGAGCUCAAUAUAUCUUUGGGAAAAUCUACACCUGAAAUUAAAGACGAAAACACUCCAAAACUAGAAGUAAAACCAGAGAAUCCCGUACCAGAAAAUGUAACUAAACCUGAAAUAAAAGAAGAUCCUAAACAGGAACCAGUUGAAGAAAAACCACAAAUUGAUACUGAUAAAGAAAUCAUUACUGACAUUAAAGAAGUUGAGAAACUUGAUGAAGACAAGACUGAAACUGAAAGCAUUCUAUCAGACAUUAGCAAAGAAAGAUCUGUUAGUGCUGAUAUUCUUGCUAAAGAUGAUCCACUUGAUACAAAGGAAGACAGCGAUUAUUGGUCAGCAAAGGAAGCUAUCGAUUCAGUGAUCAAAACACUCGUAUCUCCUGAUGAAUUGUCUGAUCAUGGUAGCGAGAACGGCAGACACGAGUGGUUUGAUAUUAAAAAACCAGAUGAACCUAAAAUCCCUGAAGAGGCGCCGCCAUUAAAUAUCAAAAAUGAUACUCCAGAAAAGGUACAAGAUGAAACAUUAGAGCUGAAGAGCGAUGAGUCUCAAGUUAUGGAUGCAUCAGUGGAAUCAGUUGAACCAGAGAGCAGCGAAAUCGUAAUAGAGCCACCUACACUCCGUUCUAGUAGUCGACGUGGUGGUCGUGGAAGAGGCAGAGGUAAGCAACCUUCACCGAGAAAACCUGUCUCUACCGAAAGAGGCGGAAUACAAACUCGUCGAGGUAAACUAAGAGAACUCACCCAACCAACACCUGUAUCUGUAACUAAAAGAGGAAGAGGCGGAAGACCUCGAAAUGAAAGAAAAUCUUCGAAAUCUGAAUCAGAAACGGCUCCAACCGAUGUAUACGAAUUUCGUGAUGAACCUGAUGAUUCUAAUAAAGAACAACGUCCAAGGUUAAUAUUAACAAUUAAAUCUCCGGCAAUUUCCAAUAACAAUGCACAAACAACUGCCAUUGUAAAAGAAGUCACUAAAGAUGGAACAAAAGAAAUUGGCAAAGAACAACCAAAAGAAACGCCAUCUCCUCCUGCUAAAACAACCGACAAUAAAGAAGAAUUUGCUUCUCCAUCAACAAAUACCAGAAAAUCGCGAAGAUUACAAGAAAGAGAUACCUCCAAAAGUAGUGUUGAUGAUACCAUUGAAGACGUUGUUAAAAACACUGUACAAACUCGUACUUCAGCUAGCCAGAGAAGAUCAGGUAGACAAGCGACUACUAAGCAAAGCCCUCCACAAUUAGAAACACCUAGAAAAUCACCAAGAGGCAGAAAAGGUAGAAGAGGUUCAGAGGCUACAGAAAAUUCAUCUUCCGAAGAAACCUUAAAGGAAGAAAUUAAGCUAACACCUACACAAGUGAAACCCGAAGAAAAGCUUAAAGAACCUGAAAAGCCAGUAGAAACUGUAAAACCAGAAGUGAAAGAACCAGAAGUGAAAGAACCAGAAGCAGUACCCAAAGAAAAACCGCUUGAAGGCCUUAAGGCUGCAGUUCUUCGUCGCAUCAAAGGAGAGCUGGUUAUAAAUAAAAAUCCAAAAGAACCAACUAAUCUUAUAGAUCCGGUAACUGGCGAAAUUAUCCCAAUGAGGGAAAGCGAAGAAGGCAAAUAUGUUCCACUACCAGGCUCGCUUAACGAAGCGUCUCCCAAAAAACCAGCAGAUUUAUCUCUUAAAGAACGUGUCGAGACCAAAAUUAAACCAGCAGAACCACCCAAGCCUUUGGAGGUAACAAAAGUGCAAACUAGCGUAAUAUCGCAACCUCAGCAAGUUACUGUCGUUCAACAGCCAAAACCGCAAACUCUAAAAGCUCAUGUAUUAUCUUCACAUGUAGCACACGCGGUUGUGACUCAACAAGUUCCUACUCCAGUUGUUCAAACAAAAAUAACUACACCUGCAGUUGUAGUUGCUUCAAAACCGACUCCACAAGAAAUCGUUGUAAGCAAAUCGACCAUCCCUGUUUCUGUAUCAAAACCAGUUUCUCCUAUGGUGAUAACAAAGCCAGCUUCUCCUAUGGUGAUAACAAAGCCAGUUUCUUCUAUAGUGAUAACAAAGCCAGUUUCUCCUAUGGUGAUAACAAAGCCAGUUUCUCCUAUGGUGAUAACAAAAUCAAUAAGUCCUAUCAUGGUUACUAAAACGGUAACUCCCAUGGUUGUUACAAAAGCCGUUACGCCAAUCAAUCAACAUCUUACUAUCAAUACCAACUUGGGUAUUCCUAUGUCUACUUCACCUCAUAUAUCUCCGAGGCCUAAUGUUCCUAUGAAUGUCACCAACAAGCCUUUACCAAAGCAGUUACCUAAAGGUUCUGCACUCUCUCCAAUUUUAACAACUCAACAGAAGCAAGAGAUACAGCAAAUACAGCAAAUCAUGCAAUCUGGUAAGCAGCCAGUACCGAAGGCAUAUUUGACGUCUCCAAUGGUUACUACCCAAGCGCAAAUAGUCAACACUCAGAUGGCUCACAUGAAACAUCAGCCAAUGAUGAAGCAGCAAGUGAUAAUAGGAAAAGGCCCAUUGAAACCUCUCCAUACCCAGCAGAUUAUCAGCGGAGCCAUUCCUAGUCCGCCUUUGGCCAAAGGGCAGUCUACUUUAAACAACCCUGGUAGAAUAAUACACGCUCCUUCCCCUGCCGGAGCGAAAGGUAUAAUGGAUCCUCCUAAAGUCGAUGUAUCUAUGAGUAACGUCAUGUUGGGGCAGCGAUCGAAGUUGUCACCUCAAGGCACGCAACAGAGAAUAGUUGGCCAAACUGGACUACCACUUCCCGGCUACGAACCAAGCUUGCAUGGAGAAAGGAGUUUUUUAAAUCGAAGUCGGAGCCCUCCACCGGCUCACCAAAAUUCGCCAUCUCCAAAGGGAGAAGCAAUUGCACAUUUCCCUCCAGGUCCAUUGCGACCGCCGCCUGAUCUCAAUCCAUCACAUUACAUGCAUCCUUCUCAUGUGAUGCAGUACCAGUAUUUCAGACAACAACAGUUGCAGCAUUUUUCGAGGACUGGAGGCAUAGAAAAGGUUGGAGAUGGUCAAGAAGGAGAGGAAGCUCCUGUAACAUCACCGCCGUUAGAAUUACGAAGGCCGGGUUCUGUAGGACUGGCGCUUGCUGGAAGAAGCACUGCUGUAGUACCGCAUAGUUUGCAUUCUCCACAUGAUAGAACUACAGAUUCACCACAAAUAGGCCAAGUCUACAACGUCCAUUCACCAGCUCGGAUACCCUACCAUCACCCGACACGUUACUACGACCAAGAACCACCACCGGCUCAUCGACCUUUGACCAGCCACGGAUCGUUGGCGGCCUUGGGCAGCGAUCGAGGCCUCGCUCAUAUGGCGCCUAUCGGCACUCCUGAUCGUCCGUUGAGCAGCCAUUCGGCGAUAGGCGCUCAAAUUGGCGGCCUAGCGUUAGCAGAUAGACCGAUUUCCACGCACGUUGAUAGGCCGCUUUCCGCUCUCGGUCUGAUGGGCGCCGGGCUAGGAGCGGCAGGAAAUUUGAUGGGCGCCGUAGCCAGACACAUCGGUGCAGAUGCGCCUACAAGCCAAAGGGGAUUGCAAGCGGCCACGCCGCCUCAUGCUAGUCAAGUGCCACCGCAGGCCGAGAGUUUAUUGAUGUUGUUAAAGCAAUACCCCUGUAUGUGGCAAGGCCUUCUAGCCCUAAAAAACGAUCAAGCAGCCGUUCAAAUGUACUUUGUAUCUGGUAAUGACCAUGUUGCCAAAUGCAGUUUACCGAAAAACACAGAUGGAUCAACACCACCUCUGAGAAUAUUCCAAAGAAUGAGACUGGAGCCGCCACAAGUCGAAGGGGUGGCAAGAAAGAUGCAGAUGGAGAACGAGCACUGCAUGUUACUGGCUCUACCGUGUGGUCAUGACCACAUGGACGUACUUCAACAGUCUAAUAACCUAACUCAUGGCUUUAUAACCUAUUUGCAACAGAAACAGGCAGCCGGCAUUGUGAAUGUUGCAGCACCCGGUACCACACAACCACCUGCUUAUGUCGUACACAUUUUCCCGUCCUGUGACUUUGUCAAUGAAAACUUGAGACGCAUCGCUCCUAGUCUUCUAGAAAGGGUGGCAGACAUUGCACACCUGCUCAUAGUCAUAACUACAGUAUGAUCUUUUCUACACGAUGGAUUUGACUCUACAAUUUACUAAUCAAAAGAUCGUGACUUGAAUACGAAAGCUUUUAAGCCUAUUUUGACUCAUUUUUUCUCUCAAAAAAAAAAAGUCUCGUUAAAAAUAAAUUACGAAGAAGCUAUUGUCCCUUUAAAGGAUUUUAAAUAUACUUAAAAAUAUUUCACUGUGAUUUCUGACAAAAUGUUAUUACUAUUAUUAAAAAAUAUAUUUAAAAAACAAAAAAAAAAUGCUAAAAAUAACUUACUACCUAUUUAAGAGAUCUCAUAUUGAACUUAGUUAUAUAUAUAAAAAAAAGAAAUAUGUCUUUAUUUAGAAGAUCUUUAUUUUCGUAAAUAUCUUGUAAAUUGUUUGUUCUAUUUAUUUACUAUCCUUGCAAUAUUUGCAAAGAUGGUCGAUAAGCCGAUAUGAUAUGUUUUAGAAUAUUUUUUUUUAUUCCCGUGCUUUGCCGUCGGGCCGCCGCUCACAUUUAUUUCGUUUUUCUUAUAUUACACCGCCGCUUGUUAAUUUAUUUAUUACACUUACUUAGGAUUUAAACGAUUUUAUUUAAGCGUUUGUGUUUAUUUUUUUUUAUUUAAUUUGUAUCCAUUCUCUAAUACCUUCACCUCUAUUUAGUGUAUGCGAUGUUUUGUUUUUAGGUUUUUUGUUAAUAUAAUUUUUAGUUUAUGCAAUCUGUCAAUAAGAGAUGGUAAUUUUUUGUACGGGUUUUGUAAUAAAAAAAAGACUGAACGGGUAAUAACCAUUUACAUUCUACUAUCGUUAUUGAAUAUUAAUUUUGAUGAAAGUAUCUACAAAAUAAAAAAAAAUGAGUGUUUUACUGGGAUUUCUAAUUAUUCGUUUAUAUUAUUUGCUUUACGGAUUUAUGAUAUAUUAAUUAUUCACUGCAAUUAAUUAUCUAAUAUUUUUUUGUAAUUAUUCUAUAAUUGUGAAUAAAUUAUUAUAAUUAUAUUAUUAUUGUUGCAUCUUUCUUAGGUUCAUUUCUAAAUAUUUGUAUUCUUCAUAAAUCUUUAUUUCUCUUCAAUAACUUCGAUUUUUGUAUUUGUCAUCUAAUGACGAAAUUAGAGGAUAUACUAAGUUGUAUUAUUUAUCAUUUUCUAUUGGACAUUUCAGUUUCUGAUCUUGUAUAUAAGGAUAGUGACAUAACUCAAAAAACAGAUUUUCGGAAAUACACAUUAGUGUUUACCUUAUAUACAAACCAUCAAGUUUGCUUCGAUAACAUUAGGAAAAACUCUGAAUAAUUAUAUUUUCAUCCCUCUUUUGAGUUAUGACGAUCUUCCAAAAAAGUAUAUUUUGCACAAUAUUUCUCUUUCAACAAUAAUUGUCCUAUUUCGACUUAUGUAACUGUUGAAAAUAAUGUUCUAGUUUGUUUUUAAUAAAACUGGCAUGUUUUGAUUUAUGUCACUGUAGCCGAAAAUUAAUGUUCUUGUGUCAUUGGGAGCACAACAAAAUUUGUGUCCCUCUUCCACAUACAAAUAUGCAGAUUUUGUUAUACAUGUUUCUACUUUUUUUUUGUUUCAGUCACUGUCGUAUUUCAUGUCCUGAUUAUAAAUCUGAUUGGACCACAUUAGAUUUAUGUAUAAUAAUGUUUUUACUUGCAUUUUUUUUUGAAAUGUAGAUAUUUUACUAUCAUAUAUAAUUUAAGUUUUGUUACAAAACUCGAAAAAAAAAAUUAUGUCUCGAGAAAUCGAUGUUAGGAUAGAUUGUAGGGUGUAGGUAAUAGAGUCGUAAGUUGGUUUUUCACGAAGCGGCAGCCUAAUGACAAAGAUGUUGCUUUAAAUUUGUAAAUAUUAAAAUUACACGUUACCCAAUUUGUAGUUUGAAAUAUGGCUAUUAUAAAUAUUUGAAAAAGAAAACACAUAUAGACAUAAUAUAUAAAUAUGUAGCAUAACAAAAUCAAUCAUUUUUUAAAUUACAAUGUAACAUAUAUGUGAAUAUAUAGUUUAGUUUGAGCUUUUUGAUUUAUCAAUUCUGUACAGUGUAUUUUUAGCUGUAAGUAUAAGUUAGCUUGCGUUAAAAAUGAUAAUAUAGGGAACAUUGUGAUGUCUAUAUAAUACUGUAAAUUUUGUACAUAUAAAAAAAUACUGUGUAUUGUGAGUAUACAUUAUUAUAACUAUUACGA